AUGAAGAAAAGGAAUUUGUUUGACCACAACAUCUCAUAUGAUGCAUUUAGACGAGCAAGUUACUUGUUGGAACAAAUAACUGAACUGAUCGGUUUGAAAGUUUCAGGAGAUGGCUCACUGGGUUAUACAAACUUAAAUGGAAGUACUAACAUUAGUAAUCAAAUUAAUAUCACAGAUUAUCUACCACUGGAUAAUGUGACAGAAAACAUUAUCAACAGCAUUACUGUCAUUGCCUGCAUGUUGGGCUUUAUGGGGAAUGCAAUGGUCAUUAGGCUUCUUGGCUUCCUUAUUAAGAGAAAUCCUUUCACCACCUAUAUCCUAAACCUGGCCAUAGCUGACUUUGGUGUCCUCUUCUCUCUGCUUAGUUCUGCUGCAUUGGGGAUUGCAUUGGAUGUAUAUAAGAUGUUUUAUAUCUCUUUUAUAUUAUUUGUUGAACUAUUUUUCUUCACAUACUCUACUGGCCAAUUCCUACUGGCAGCCAUCAGCAUGGACAGGUGUGUGGCUGUCCUCUUCCCACUGUGGCAUCGAUGCCACCGGCCACCACAUCUGUCCACCAUUGUGUGUGCCCUAAUAUGGAUCUUCUCCUUCCUACUCGCUGCUAUUCACUUCACUCUAUUUAUGAAUGAGAGCUUCCGAAAAUCACUCUUACAGUACAUGUUUGUUCUGAAUGCUUUCUUUUGCACUCCACUCAUGGUAAUCUCUGCACCAACCUUGUUCCUCAAAGUCUUCUGUAAAACACAGCAGAAUCAUCGUGGAAAGCUUGCCACGGUCAUCGUGCUUACACUUCUCUUCUUCCUUGUCUUUGCUUUUCCACUGAAUGCCCUUUACAUCAUCAUUUAUUAUUAUGGUCUCCAUCCCAGGCUAAUGAUAUUUGGUUUUAUGUGUGCCUCUCUGAACAGUAGCAUCAACCCCGUGAUUUAUUUCCUAGUUGGGAAGAGACAGAAGAAGGGUCAGACCAGGGUAUCCAUGAAGGCUGCACUCCAGAGGGUGUUCAAGGAUGAAGAAGACUCUAUGGAAGAGCCAAAGUCUUCAACUGAAUCCCAGUUAUUAUAA